GCUUUGUGGAUCGACAUCCUAGCACCCAUCAUCAUUGGUGUACUUUAACAUAGUAGUCAGUUGUUUCCAAUCUUCCAGAAAAAUGUCGGUCACGUCUGCUUUCCCUAACUUUAGGUACUCGGUUGAUGACGAACCAAACCCGGAAUGGACAGUGGAGGAGGUCUUUCAAUGGUGCCUUUUGCAGUCGUACAAAGAAACAGAUCAGAAUUACAAUCAACUUAUUGAAGGAUUGCACCAACAACUAGCAUCGGGGGAAGAAGAACUUUGGCAGGCGCACCAUCAAGCGGCUGCAACAUCCAACGACGAAAACGAGGCGCCCGGAAACGACCCUUCGAAGCAGUCUGUUGCUGAAGCUGUGGAAAAACAGGCAUCGGGUGAUAACAACCAGAAAAGAACUCAACGUUUCAAAUUGCGAGUGGAAAUUGUGGCCGGCGAAUACGUUGGCCAGAGUUACGAGCUCAAACCAUCUUCCAAGGCCCCGUGUAUGGUCGGUAGAUCUAAAGGUAAAAAGUUUACCACCCGAGGCAUUUCGCUGGCCAAGGAUUUGGAAGUGUCAACGACACACGGCAAAUUUGAAAUCGUCAACGAUCAAGUAUGUUUUACGGAUACCGGCUCGACUAACGGGACGCGAAUUGGCGGACAAGAAUUGGAGACAGAUACACCCGUACCAAUUACGGAUGGUUUAGAAAUUACUUGUGGGCAAACGAUUUUGAAAGUUUCCUUCCUUUAGUUGCAAUGACAGUCAAGAAAGUUCUUCCUAGCAGAGACAUGAAGUGUGCACGUGGAGCGCUACGUAUAUAGUUAGUAAUUCCUAACUACCUUCGUAGAUCUAG